AUGGAGCCUGCCCGUGAUAGUCAGCAUGCCCUUUCGAUGCUCGAAUGCUUGAAUAGAGCCGGACAUGAACCGGCAUCAAGCCAAGCAGCUUCGGUGUUUACUACUCAAGAUGACGUCAACGCUAUCGCAUCACCAGAAGAUAGUCAAACGCAUUCGAACGGGGGUAUUAGGUCUGAUGUGUCCGAAGGCGUUGACACUGGAUUUCAAACCCUCGAUACCAUCACCGAUGAAGAAGCUAUCAGCAAAGAAGUUGUUGAAAGGUAUCUCGCCGAGGAACCCAAAGUAAAGACAAUGCUUAGGGUGGCCAUAGCUGUAACGGGUAAAGAUCGCUUUCCUAAGGCAGUUUCCGAGAUUGUCGAUGUGCUUUGCACAUCGGUGGGAUGGAAAGGCGGGUCUAAAACUGAAGAACUUUUCUUCAAGUUGCUGAAAAGCGAGGGAGGCAGCAGAAAAGUUAAGGAGGCACUCACAGCACAAAGUGAUAGGCUGCUCGAAGAAAUUGAAAAUAUUGGCGAAAAUGGCUUGAUAGAUCAACUACAGCAAGUGGCACAUGAAGUGGAGCAAGAGGCAAUCCAACGUCGAAUAGAGGACGCGCUGCUGUCUUUACCCGAGGAGUUGAGGUACACGCUUCAAUCGGUACCAAAAAAAGACUUCCGGCUAUCACAAGAACAAGAUACCUCGAUCUGGAACCAAUUUAAAGGUUGGGUAGAAGAUUCUACCCAGCAAAGAUGGGACUGGUGGCCAAUGACCGCAAGAAAGCGAAUGCUUGAGCCUGGAGAGUCAAGAUUACUCUGGCAAACAAACGGUAAAGAGCAUUGGGAGGAAUUAUCUUCUAAACAACGCGAGGCUGUGGAAAUACUACUUGCGUUGUUAGACGAUGUCCCGAAAUCGCUACCUCGAUGCGUGGGAGAGCCAACAACAACUUCCCGAUCUAUCAUGAAGUUUGGAACUGCAGGUGUCAUGAUUGCGGGCGCGGCAUCACUCAUCUAUUGGCUGAUGUAG